AUGGGCAGGGACACCCUGGAUGCUAAAGCAGAUGUGGCUAUGACCGAAGACGCCAGCCACGUCGUCGCCGAUGAAACGAUUGAUCUCGAUCAAAGAAUCCAGGCACUUGUCGCUGCCGCGCCCCCAUUCUACAAGAACAAAAGCCUUUUUCGGCUGUAUCUUCUCAUCGUUCCGACAUGUUUGUGCGCGGCUAUUACUCUGGGCUUUGAUGCCAGCAUGAUGUCUGGUCUCCAAGCUGUGCCAUCGUGGGAUGAAUACUUUGGCCAACCUCGAGGUGCGCUUCUUGGUAUCAUGUCGGCUAUUCUACCUCUCGGAUGUGUCGUUGCGACGCCUUUUAUCAGUCUUGUCGGUGAUCGAUACGGACGUCGCAUGGGUAUUUUUGUUGGUGCUAUUAUUAUGAUUAUUGGUGCUGUCAUCCAAGGCGCCUCUGUUAAUUUUGGCAUGUUCCUCGCUUCCCGCUUUAUUAUCGGUUUCGGUCUCGUUUUCGCCAACGCCUACGCUCCUAUGCUCAUUGGAGAGCUAGCCCAUCCCAAGGAACGACAGGUCAUCACCUCCCUCUACCAAACCUCCUGGUACAUCGGUGCUAUUCUUGCCGCCUGGGUUACCUUCGGAACCUUUCGUAUUCCCAGUGAAUGGUCGUGGAGAAUUCCAUCUCUGCUCCAAGCUGCACCCGCCCUGUUCCCCAUCUCUUUCGUCUUCUGUCUACCUGAGUCCCCACGAUGGCUUAUCGCCAACGGUCGAAGCGAAGAAGCAAAGGCUAUGUUGGUCAAGUGGCAUGCUAAUGGCGACGAAAACGAUGAACUGGUGAAGCUGGAGUUUAUCCAGAUGCGAAACGUUAUCGAGGCUGAAGUAGGCAACGAGACGGGCUGGAAGGAUCUAAUCAAGACUCCUGGAAACCGCAAGCGAGUCUUCAUCCUCGUUUGUCUUGGAUGCUUCAGUCAAUGGUCCGGCAACGGUCUUGUAUCGUACUACUUGGUCCGUGUUCUAGAGACAGUUGGUGUGUCCGAUGCUCAGGAACGAAACAUUCUCAAUGGCUGCCUGAUGAUCUUCAACUGGCUUACCUCGGUCGCCUCCGCCUUCCUCACCGCCCACAUGAAGCGUCGCACACAGUUCCUUCUUUCUGUUGGAGGUAUGCUCGGCGUCUUUGCCAGCCAGACUCUCUGCGCUGGUCUGUUCAACGAGGACCAUAAUGUUGCUGCAGGCAAAGCUGUCAUUGCCACGCUCUUCCUGUUCUACUUCUUCUACAACCUGGCUUUCAACGCCCUUCUUUACUCUUAUCCAGUUGAGAUUCUGCCUUAUCCCAUCCGGGCCAAGGGAUUCUCGCUUCUCAUGUUCUUUGGCAAGGCUAGUAACUUCAUCAACACCAUGGUCAAUCCCAUUGGCCUCCAGGCUCUGGCUUGGAAGUUCUACUUUGUCUAUGUUGCCUGGCUAACUGUCGAGCUUGCAAUUGUAUGGAAGUUCUUUAUUGAGACCAAGGGACCUAGUCUUGAGGCUAUUGCGGCUGUUUUCGAUAGCGACAACACAUCUGCUACGUCUAGUAGCUCUGAUACUAAGAAGGAGAUACUUGAUAAGGAGUAA